GUCGUACGACUUCAGGUCGAUGCUUCAGAGCGUGACAAGGGACAGUUGUCAUGGGGAGGGCGCAACGACGACAACAUAAUGCUGCUCCAGAACAUGUGCAGGAGACAUUCAUGGGUUGCUCCCCUGUGUAUCAGUACCUUGUUGUUGUCCAGAAGGUCGACAACAAGGGGGUCAUGAUACUGCGUUGCACAUUCUGCAACAAAGUGUUACAGGGUACUAAGUACCAGGCCACGAGACAUUUCAGCCAGACGGACUACCGGAAGGACGUCAGCGACGAGGUACUGUACGAGAUCGCACGACGGACUCAACAGAAAUUCGAGUCUGAACAGAUGGAGAGGGUUGCCAGGUAUGCUGCGGAGCGUGGACUCGAUGCGCCCCAGGCCGGUGAUACAAGGGGAGGAGAGGUGGGGCCGCGUCCGGUGGAGGGAGGGGGCGUGGGAGAUGGUGGCCAGGGUGCGUCCGACCGCCCAUCGGGGGGUGGAGGAGGGGACAUGGACGAGGGCGUGAUCCACAUCGAUGACGAGGUAUGUGGCCCGGGCGAGGAGGGACUCUUGGAACACGAGGACGCAGCGGAGUUCCAUCCAGGCACUGGGGAGAGGAUGGUGGAGUGGCUGCGGCGAGCAGCCAAGGGGGCGGUGCCUGCACCAACUGGUGUGAGGGAGGACGGUCCUUCGAAGAGGAAGGAAGGAGGAGCUGAUCUGGCUGUUACCCACGCUGGAAAGAGGCUCCGACAGCAGAAGGUGACUGAGGUCUACGGUGGGGAUGACUCGCGGGCAUUUACUUCCAUCCCGUGGUCUGCCGAGUGUGCCAGAUGGCGCUUUGUCCAUAUUAUGAAGCCCGUCAUGCAGUUGCUUAGGCGGAUGGAUCGUGGAGGGCAAUUCAUGUUGCUCAUGGUCGAGUGGGCACAGGAUCUUGUCCACCGUGUGAAGGACACAUGCGCUUCUUUGGGCCAGCCCUUCACGGACCGGAUCAUCAGGCGUGUGCAGGCCCGCGCAUAUCACAUGCUUGAGCUGGCUCACUGCGCUGGGUUUUUACUGAACCCGCACACGCGACAUGUUCGUUACUUUUUUGGCGAGGUGGAGGCUUACCAUGCUUGGCUUGUGAGGCAAGCCAAAAGGUACAUUUUGACGCAGACGGGUUUCGAGUUGGACGGUGCGGAUUACAUCGUUGCUUGUCGGCAACUCAAGGACUUCCACAUACAGCAGGGCAGGUUCGGUGAUUGGGGCGGGCGUGGUCGCGCGUGUAACGGUGACUCCGAAACGAUCGAGUACGCGUCUUGGUGGUCCCAGUACGGGGAUGGCGUGCCUGAGUUGCAGCGGUGCGCUCUUCGUGUGAUGCACAUGUGGUCCUGCGCCUCUCCAGCGGAGAGGAACUGGGCGGUCUACAAGGGCAUCCACACGAAGAAGCUCAACCAGUUGGCCUUUGAGAAGGCCGUGCAGUUCGUUGAGAUCACCGCAAAUGUGCGGUUGACAGAGUAUCGGCGGGCGGGAUGCGGUUAUGUGUUGCCAUGGCAGCGAGACACGGGCAUGCUCGAUUAUGAGGCAGGCAUUGAGCUGGAGCCGGUGCACACGGGCACGCACAAGGGGAUGACGCAGGAGGAGAUUGCCCAGCAGGUUGCGCUUAUUACGUGUGAUCCCAUCAUUGCUUCUGCACCGCCCCCUGCCACUGCUGUUUUUGAGCGAUGUGCUUGCAUUUUCCGUCCGUACCCCAGGGACAAUGAUUCUGGUGAUAAGCAGACACCCAAGGCAGCAUAUGACCCGACGCUCCCCAUUCCUCGUGAGAUCGACGAGACCCACGAGGAUGUCGAGGACGAGGAGACGAGGACAUAUACCGCACGACGGAGGGCGGACUUUGCUGAGAUGGAGAUGAUGGGGGGAGACGAGGAUCGUUGGGGUCCUUUCGGGGAGGUGGCUUCCAUAGAUGAUGAGAGGCAGGAAGAUGGGUUUGAUGAACGAGUCAGGUUGCUGCUCACCAUGUGCUAUGACGAGGGCCUUUGCCCGGAUGACAUUCCGUUCGAAGAUGUGUCCGUAGAAGGGAACGAAGCAGUGGUUACGGUCGACGCCCGUUACGAUGGGAUCAAAAUUCAAUGGCUUAAAGAACGCACGGUGGUCAUUAUUUUCAGAGACGAAGCGAGGAAUCUUCCUCGGAAGAUAAAGGAGGACAUCGUUAGGUCCUAUGAGAAUGGAUGGAAAAAGGAUGGAGUUUUCGAUCCUCCGGUGGGAAAAAGGAGGGUGAAAUUCGAGGGGGCCAAUGUAAUCUCCUAUGUUGCAAGAGACAGUGUGGUGGCGGAAUGGAUGGUUAAUGAGGGAUCAGGGGAAGUCCAGCUGAAAGGGAAGCGGAGCGAAGGUGUGGCAGGUAAGCGAUUUGCGGAGAUGGAUGGCGGAGGCUGCGGCCACGGUCUGCGGGCGGAAGAGAUGGAGGUGGUAGCGAUGGCAGUGUCUACCGUCGUCCUGAAGACGAUGAACGAGAUGUCGUCGUCGUCACGAGACGUGGCGAAGCAGCUCCGUAAACGACAAGCACUGUUGCAGAGCGUUGCCGAAGCGGCGGAUUGCGUGGCGACGUGUGAGGCAGUGGUCCAGUUGUGUGUCGCGUUGUCGUCUGGCGUUUACCCCCGGCAGACCCCGCGAUGGUGGAUCAAACGACGUACUGGCGGAACAUGGGAGGACCUCCGGCAAAGCGAUGACGCCACGGACGAGUACUACCGCCAAAAGUUGCGCAUGUCGAUGGCCAUGUUCAAGCAGAUCGUAGCCGCUCUCGCCGCGUUCGUGGAGAAGAAGGUCAUGCACUACAGGACGCCAUUGCCAGCGGAGCAGGUUAUCGCUUUCGCGUUGUACAGGUGGGCGUCCGGGGAGACGUACGAGAGUGGCACUUCAGCUCUCGGCAUCGGCAGGGCCACUGGACUGCAGGCCGUCCGCGACGUCACUUCGGCGCUGCUGCGGGCGUACCCCGACGCCAUCAAGUGGCCAGUGGGCCGCAGACGUGCGCAGAUUCUCCGCGCUUUCCGUGACAAGGGAUUUUCGAACUGCUUCGGCGCCAUCGACUGCACACACAUCUACAUCGACAAGCCCGCCGACGCACCUUCUGCCAACUACUAUGACCGCAACCACAAGUUCUCCGUGCAGGCGCAGGUCGUCGUGGAUUUGGAUCUCCGAAUCCUAGACGUCCACGUCGGAUACCCGGGGAGUGUGCACGACGUCCGCGUCCUGCACAAUUCCCAGCUCUGGAGGCGCGCGCAGACUGGCGAGCUCUUCGACGCAGCUCCAGAGAAUUUGCCGCACGCCGUAUGGAGGAAUAGACCAAGGUCCUGACAAGGAGCGCUUCGACAACCAGCAGAAGGUGGCGCGGGGGUGUGUGGAGAGGGCGUUCGACCGACUGAAGUGCAUGUGGCG